AUGUCUAACAAAAAGAAUAAAGAAAUUCACGACAGUGAGAGUGAAGAGGAACAAGAUUCAGGCAGCGAAAAAGAUUCUGACUUUGACUCCGAUGGCAAUUUCGUUGGUGAUAAGGAAUUACAAGCGGACUUCGAAGGUCGAAACCCAGAGGAUUGUGACUUCCAUGGAAUCAAGCAGCUUUUGCGUCAACUGUUCUUAAAAUCCAACGUGGAAUUGGGAGGACUUGCACAAAUUAUAAUCUCUCAAAACUAUGUAGGCAGUGUGGUUAAACAGUGUUUGGAUUAUGGCCAAGAUGAAGAUGAUGAUGAUGACGAUGAUGGUAGUGAUGGAGUAUUUGGUAUUACCACAAUUAUCAAUAUUACAAAGAGAAAGGAUGAGCAAUGUAUACAACAGAUAAGAUCACUUUUGACAACUUUGGCAGAUGAUAACGCCGAUGACAGGACUAAAGCAUUAGUCAAAAAGAUAUUAGCCAAUGAUUCUGAACAUGUUGGAUUUGUUAUUAAUGAAAGGAUCCUAAACAUUCCAGCGGCAAUUAGCGUGCCUCUGUUCUCAUCAUUGCAGAGUGAACUAGACAAGGCAGUAAAGAAAAACAUGCCAUACACAUUCCACUACCUCAUCUGGAUAUGCAAGACAUACAACACAGGAGAAGAAUCGUCAGAAGUGCUAUUUGCUAACCAAGAAGAGAAACCAAUAGCAGACGAAGCGCUGGCCAGCUUCGACGUCGAUGUUACUGAGCAGGCAGAACUCUCACAGUGGGACUAUGAAGGAGGUGCAUUGACACCUUGUAGAAAGGUCCUCAUAUUCGACGGCAGUAAAUUCAAUAAUCUAGUGAGACUUAUCAAAGAGGAAGUGGAAGCCAUUUAA